UCUCUCUUCUUCCCUCCCGUCUGCCUGGUCCUGGAAUCUCACCCGAAGGCAGAGCGGGAGGGAGGGACGGAGGGAGGGAGGCGAAGAUGGGGAGGAGGAGGAGGAGGAGGGCGGGAGAGUCGGGAAGGGGGCCAGGGCAGCAGGGCUUCUCGCAGGGCAGACGAGGCUGAGCGGGAGAAGAGUGGCCUGACUGAGGCGAAGAGUUGUGGAACUUGAGGCUAAUAAAGAACGCUUCGGGCGGCUUGAGGCGACUGCGGGUGGUUUGUGGGUUCUGACUGAGAGGCUCGAGGCGAAGAAGGAGAGCUUGGCGGCGCCUGCGUCCUCCCUCCCUCCUCCUCCUCCUCCUCCUCGUCCUUCCUCCGCCCCAGCGAUGGCGGCGGGGCUGCGGCGGGAGACUCCUCCCGGCGGCGGGUGCCUGCCCUGAGAGACGGAUCGAGGGAGGGAAGCGCCGCCGAGGCUCCGAGGGAAGGGCUGGAGAGGGUCGCCGCCGGGGGUCCCCCCUCCUGCUCCUGCUGCUCCUCGCACGAAGAUGUCGGACACCAAGGUGAAAGUGGCCGUCAGAGUCCGGCCCUUGAACAGGAGAGAAAUGGAGCUGAAUACCAAGUGCAUUGUGGAGAUGGAAGGGAAUCAAACUGUCUUGCAUCCUCCACCGUCAAACAACAAACAAGGAGAAAACAGAAAACAACCAAAAGUGUUUGCCUUUGAUUACUGCUUUUGGUCAAUGGAUGAAUCAAACACUGCAAAAUAUGCAGGUCAACAAGUAGUGUUCAAGUGCCUUGGAGAAGGAAUUCUUGAGAAGGCCUUUCAGGGAUAUAAUGCUUGCAUUUUUGCCUAUGGACAAACAGGCUCAGGAAAAUCCUUCUCAAUGAUGGGCAAUGCAGAGCAGCUGGGUCUGAUCCCACGUCUCUGCUGUGCUUUAUUUCAGAGAAUAACUUCAGAAGAAAAUGAUUCACACACCUUCAAAGUUGAAGUGUCCUAUAUGGAAAUCUAUAAUGAGAAGGUCAGAGAUCUACUGGACCCUAAAGGGAGUCGACAGUCACUCAAAGUUCGUGAGCACAAAGUUUUGGGUCCAUAUGUGGAUGGUUUGUCUCAGCUAGCAGUUACUAGCUUUGAGGAUAUUGAGUCACUGAUGUCAGAGGGAAACAAGUCCCGAACAGUUGCAGCAACCAAUAUGAAUGAGGAAAGUAGCCGCUCCCAUGCUGUAUUUAAUAUUAUAAUAACUCAGACACUUUAUGAUCUUCAGUCUGGUAAUUCUGGAGAAAAAGUGAGCAAAGUCAGUCUGGUAGAUUUGGCUGGUAGUGAAAGGGUAUCUAAAACAGGAGCAGCAGGAGAACGUCUCAAGGAAGGCAGCAAUAUAAACAAGUCACUCUCAACACUAGGUUUGGUUAUCUCAUCACUUGCAGACCAAGCAGCAGGAAAGGGGAAAAACAAGUUUGUGCCUUACAGAGAUUCUGUGCUCACCUGGCUUCUCAAGGACAACUUAGGAGGAAACAGCCAAACAGCUAUGAUAGCUACAAUCAGUCCAGCAGCUGAUAAUUAUGAAGAAACACUCUCUACACUGAGAUAUGCUGACAGAGCUAAAAGGAUAGUUAAUCAUGCUGUAGUAAAUGAAGAUCCAAAUGCCAGGGUCAUCAGAGAACUACGUGAAGAAGUAGAGAAACUGAAAGAACAGCUUUCUCAGGCAGAGGCUAUGAAGGCUCCAGAGCUGAAGGAAAAAUUGGAGGAAUCUGAAAAGUUAAUAAAAGAACUUACUGUCACCUGGGAGGAGAAGUUACGAAAAACAGAAGAAAUUGCACAGGAAAGACAAAGGCAGCUAGAGAGUAUGGGUAUUUCCCUUGAAUCUUCUGGCAUCAAAGUUGGGGAAGACAAGUGUUAUCUGGUGAAUCUAAAUGCAGAUCCUGCGCUAAAUGAAUUAUUAGUUUACUAUUUAAAGAUUUUGUUUGUGUUCUGUCUCAACCAGGAUCACACUAGGGUUGGUGCUGACACCUCACAGGACAUACAGCUGUUCGGAAUAGGGAUCCAGCCAGAGCACUGUGAGAUAGACAUUGCACCAGACGGAGAAGUUACUCUUUCUCCGAAAGAAAAUGCAAGAUCCUGUGUAAAUGGCACAUUGGUCUAUUCUGUAACACAACUUUGGCAUGGAGAUAGAAUCUUAUGGGGAAACAACCACUUUUUUAGAAUUAAUCUACCUAAGAGAAAGCGGCGAGAUUGGUUGAAAGACCCAGAAAAAGAGAUGCUAUUAGCAGAACAUGAUCUAGAUGCAGCUAGUGAAGCUUCUUCAGAACCAGACUACAACUAUGAGUUUGCACAGAUGGAAGUUAUAAUGAAAACACUGAAUAGUAAUGAUCCAGUACAAAAUGUGGUCCAGAUCUUGGAAAAACAAUACUUGGAAGAGAAGCGCAGUGCUUUGGAGGAGCAGAGAAUGAUGUAUGAGCAUGAACUAGAGCAACUCAGGCAGCAACUCUCUCCAGAAAGGAGGUAUCAGCAUUGCAGUGACAGGCUGUCAGAUACUGUCCAGACUGCUCAACAAAAAAUGAAUCUCUGGUCAGAAGAGAGGGAUGAGUUAUUCCGCCAGAGCCUGGCAAAACUAAGAGAACAAAUAGUUAAAGCCAAUACACUAGUAAGGGAAGCAAACUUCUUGGCUGAAGAGAUGGGCAAACUAACAGAUUAUCAAGUUACGCUGCAGAUUCCUGCUGCUAACCUGAGUGCCAAUAGGAAGAGAGGUGCAAUAGUAAGUGAACCUGCUAUUCAAGUAAGAAGAAAAAGAAAAGGUACUCAAGUGUGGACCAUUGAAAAGCUGGAGAACAAAUUAAUUGACAUGAGAGAUCUCUAUCAAGAAUGGAAGGAGAAUGUCCAUGAGAUGAAACGACUCACUGGAAAAAGAGGUGACCCUUUCUAUGAAGCACAAGAAAAUCACAACUUAAUUGGUGUAGCAAAUGUCUUUUUGGAGUGCCUUUUCUGUGAUGUUAAACUUCAGUAUGCAGUGCCAAUUAUUAGUCAGCAGGGGGAGGUUGCAGGGCGCCUACAUGUUGAAGUUAUGCGUGUCACUGGUAUUGUCCCAGAACGUGUGGUGGAGGGAGAUGACUCUUCUGAAAACUCCAGUGAAAGUGGAAGUUUAGAAAUCAUGGACAACAAUGGAGAAAUUAUUCACAGGCCAAAAAAAUUCACUUGCAGGGUAAUUAUUAAAGAAGCAACAGGACUGCCACUGAAUCUUUCAAACUUUGUUUUCUGUCAAUACACCUUUUGGGAUCAAUGUGAGUCAACUGUUGCUGCACCAGUUGUUGAUCCUGAUGUGCCUUCACCUGUAAGCAGGGAUGCACAGUUUACAGUGACUUUUUCUCAUUGCAAGGAUUAUGUGGUGAAUGUAACAGAAGAAUUUCUGGAGUUCAUUGCAGAUGGAGCACUUGCCAUUGAGGUUUGGGGUCACAGAUGUGCUGGAAAUGGCAGUUCUGUGUGGGAGGUGGAUACUCUUCAUGCAAAAACCAGGACCUUGAGAGACAGAUGGAAUGAAGUAAUGCGCCGAAUAGAAAUGUGGGUUUCAAUUCAAGAACUGAAUGAAAUGGGAGAAUAUAUGGCCGUGGAGCUCCACCCAGCAAAGGAUGUAAACACAGGAGGGGUUUUCCAGCUUAGACAGGGCCAUUCUCGUAGAGUUCAGGUGGUGGUUAAACCGGUCCAACAUUCAGGAACAUUGCCACUUAUGGUGGAAGCCAUUCUGUCUGUCUCCAUUGGCUGUGUAACUGCCAGAUCAACCAAGCUGCAAAGAGGCUUGGACAGUUACCAGAGAGGAGGAGGAGAUGAUGAUGAUGGUGAUAUGGAUAGUUAUCAGGAGGAAGACUUAAACUGUUUGAGAGAGAGGUGGUCUGAAGCACUAAUAAAACGGAGAGAAUACUUGGAUGAACAGAUUAAAAAAAUCAGCAGUAAACAAGAAAAAUUAGAAGAUGAUAUAGAAAGAGAAGCAAGGCUUGUAGAACAAUGGGUGGGAUUAACAGAAGAAAGAAAUGCUGUCCUGGUUCCAGCACCGGAUAGUGGGAUCCCAGGUGCACCUGCAAAUUGGAUCCCACCAUCUGGAAUGGAAACACAUGUCCCUGUACUUUUCCUUGAUUUGAAUGCUGAUGACCUCAGUGCCAAUGAACACCUUAUAGGUCCAAAUGCAUCAGGUGUUAAUUCAAUACUACCAAAGGAGCAUGGAAGUCAAUUCUUUUAUCUGCCGAUUAUAAAACACAGUAAGGAUGAGGUUUCAGCCACUGCUGCCUGGGACUCUUCUGUGCAUGAUUCAGUGCACUUGAAUAGGGUAACACCUCAGAACGAGAGAAUCUACUUGAUCGUGAAGAUUAUAGUACAGCUCAGUCAUCCAGCUGCAAUGGAACUCAUGUUACGUAAAAGGAUCGCUGCUAAUAUUUACAAUAAACAGAGUUUUACCCAGAGUCUCAAACGAAGAAUAUCCAUGAAGAAUGUAUGGUAUGCCUGUGGUGUGACCUAUGAAAUUGUGUCAAAUAUACCAAAGGCCACAGAAGAAAUUGAGGAUCGAGAGACUCUGGCUCUAAUGGCAGCUAAGAAUGAAAAUGAGGGUACAUCUGAUGGUGAAACUUAUAUUGAGAAGUAUACACGUGGCGUGUUACAGGUGGAAAAUAUUUUGAGUCUUGAACGACUAAGGCAGGCAGUCACCAUCAAAGAAGCUCUUUCUACAAAGACUCGACACAUACAGAGGAGUAUUAGCACACCAAAUGUUCACAAUGUUUCUUCUAGUCGAUUAGAUGUUUCUGGCUUUGAUGAAGAUAAGGGCUGGUCAGAAGGUCAUCUAGAUGUAUUAGAAUGUUCUUCAAGUUACCAAGAUGUAUCAUGUUAUGGUACUUUACCGAGGGAAUCACCACGCAGAAAUAAGGAUGUUGGCGGUUAUGUGUCGGAGAAUCCACAUCCCUCAACUGUCAGCCCAUUUAAAGCAUUUUCUCCACAGCCACCCAAGUUUUUCAAACCCUUAAUGCCAGUAAAAGAAGAAAACAAAAAGACCUCUCUUGAAACUCGGCCUCUGCUUAGCAAAGAGAGCAUGCCAUCAUCUCAUGUACAUAACACUGGUUGUGUUGUGCCCUCAGGAAGUAAUGUCUGUAGCAUGCCAGUAGAACCCAAUAGCAUGCAUGAGGAGAAGAUUCAGGACUCUGAGGAAGAUGAUGAGCUGGAGGCCAUUAACAAGAAACCUUACGUGCCCGAAGAGUUUGCUGACUUCAGUGUUUACAAUGCCAGCCUGGAAAACAGGGAAUGGUUGUCCUCUAAAGGAGAUUUUGUAAACUCUCGUGUUCUUGAAAAAGAAGUAUCUCGUAGCCCCACCACAAGCAGUAUUACUAGUGGCUACUUUUCCCACAGUGCCUCUAAUGCAACUUUAUCUGAUAUGCUUGUUCCUUGUAGUGACAGCACAGAUCAAUUAGCUAAUCAGAUAAGAGAUUUGGACUUGAAUGACCAUUCUGUAGUCCACCUAACCUAUGACUUGAAAUCUUCAAACAAGGAAACUUCAGAGCCAGAAAAGGAUUUGGCCAAAUACUCAAAAUCCAUGUCACCAGUAAAAGGAAAUGGUGCCUUAGCAAUAGAGAUUCCAGUUUCUGAAAGUGCUGGUACAGAUGCUGCAAAGUCACAUUAUUCAUCUUUGGAGUCAUCGGCUAAUAAAAAGAGACGACGGGGGAUUGAAUUUCCAUCUCGAGAAGCAACCGUGGAACACACUUCAAAUGUUUUUGAAGAUCAUGCAUUUACGGAAUUCAUGGGUGUUGAUGAUGGAAAGGAACUUGAAUAUUCAAUUCAUCCACAAUUCUCUUCCAGUGGUGGUGCUAGCAGAAGAACAAAACUCUCAACAGCUGGAGUGAACUAUGCAUCAGAUCUCCCUAAAAAUGCUCACAACCAGGACAGUCCUGUGAAGCAUUUGGAAUGCCUACCAGUAGGAUACCAGCUGUCAAACAGUAUUGAAGACCCUUUAUUGGCAGUCAGAAUAAAAGAGGCUUCAUUUUGCCAGACAUAUGCAGAUUCUUUAAUAGCAGAGAACUUCACAAGAAAAAGUCUUGCAGAUGCCUCUCAUGAAAAUAUUACAUCUGAAGAGACCUCUAAUUUGGUGGCAGUGGGGGAAGAAGUGUAUAUUGGUAGUGAUAAGACUGGCAUAGUAAGAUAUGUUGGGCCUGUGGAUUUUUCAACUAGUACCUGGGUUGGCGUUGAAUUACAUUUCCCAGCGGGGACACAUGAUGGAACUGUAAAAGGUAGAGAGUACUUCCGCUGCAAGCCACAACAUGGGAUGUUUGUUCGUCCUGAAUGCCUCACGAAAACACCAGCUCCCACAAAGACAUGCAGUAGCACUUCACAAUCUCAGGUAUCAUCGAACAUGGAGAAAUGGAAGAGUUCAGUUCUUCAAGGGCCGCCCUCUUUCAAAACAGGGACAGGAAGCCUCUGUCAAUCAGGAGAUGCAGCAGCUUCUGCUUUUUCUAGAAAACAGGAGAUCAGGAAAUCUUGGAUUAACUGAAGCUGCAGUUUUGUUCUUGUUUUUGCACUUGCUGCACACAUCACAGUGUGGGACUUUUUUCAAAGAAAUUGUAUAGUUUUAAUCUAUUGUAACUAAAUGUUUGAAUUAUGUACACAUUUCUCUAGUUCUUUUUUUAAAAUAAAUAAAUAAAUAAUAUAUAUAUAUAUGGAGAGAGAGAGAGAGAGAGAGAGAAACUUUAUCACUUGCCUGCCUGCAGGCCAACACAUCUGCACACUAAAUUGUUAAACUGCAACCCUAUACACAUUUGGGAGUAAGCCCCAUUGAACUCAGUGGAAUUUACACCUGAAUAGGUAUGCAUAAGAUUGUGCUCUUUGUAGCUAGAACUGUGAGGUACUUGAUUUUGUUGCUCAACAAAUUACACUAUAUGUAAAACCAGCGGUUCUCAACCUGUGGGUUGCAACCCCUUUGGGGGUCAAAUGGCCCUUUCACAGGGGUUGCCUAAGACCAUCGGAAAACACAUAUUUCCAAUGGUCUUGGGAACUGAGAUGAAAAUCAUUUUAUUGUUGGGAGUCAGCACAACAUGAGGAACUGUAUUAAAGGGUCGUGGCAUUAGGAAGGUUGAGAACCACUGCGUUAAAUAUUUUGUGGUGUGGGAAGUCAGUGGGAUGUGAAUAUGUAUUUGAGGGAAAACCUACCAUAUGCUGUUAAUUACCAAAGAACUUACGUUAGGCUGAUAUACUUGUUGUUUAUAUCCUGGUUUUUAUUGUAUAUGUUUGUUUUAACUGAUAGCUUGGUGCCAUUUUUCUAAAGAUUAACACCAGGCACAAUGCUGCCUUAUAUCCUGUUUAAUAAGCACACUGAAGAAAACGGCUUUCAUUUUUAUUUUUUGUCUUAUUGGGGGGCCUGCUACUGUGCUGACUUGACAUUUAUUGAAAAUAUUUACAAUGCCUAAAGCGUGUAUGUUUGGCGUGGUUCAUGUGCCAACACGGGCCGAUCAGGCAAUCUCUAUGCAGAAACAGUAUUAACUGCAGAGGAAAAAAAGGUGGACAACAUUUUCAACAAAUGGCUUCUCUUUUGAAAACGGACAGGAAACAAAGCAGCACCAAUAGUACAUCUUACUGAAGGUGUACUGUUUUGUUGCUGGCUGUGACCAAGGUCAGAUAAAGGUCUGAAGUGAUUUGAUCUGUAAAUUUCAUUUUAUACUGUGGAUUUGUAUUAUGCUUUUUUGUUACUGGGGAGCUAUUUCAUGUACAGAUACUGUGCUGGAUAUUUGUAAAGUAGCAAACGGUAAAAAAGACAGUCAUGAAUGGCCUGCUGUAUUCUUUAUUUUUUAGAAAGUAUGAGAUAAUGGGACCCUAAAGCAAGCUGCUGCUGCUGCUGCUCUUUGAUUUGUAUGUAUAGUAAGCUAACUCCUAGUAUUUUGCAAUUACUGUAAAGAAUUGUAAUUUAUAUUCUUUUUCUGCUACACUGUAUUUAAUUGGUACAGAAUGUUUGUGUGUUAGAAUACAGAUGAUUCCUACUGUAUUUUACAAAACGUCCGUGCCUAUUUGACUUAAUUUUCCGUAACAUAAAACUUUUAUGAGAUACAGUGCUUAGUUACCACUUGAUAGCUUGGCAUAAGUUGCAUUUACAUCUUGAAACCAAAAUGAUGAAUUAUUAAAAGAGGUGAAAUAUAUUGCUGAUAAAAAAGCUGAAAUAUAUUGCUGCAAAAACAGCGAUUGCUUCCCUCUC